GGAACCGGAAGUGCGUCAGCAGCGCGCGGCUGUUUGGAUGUAGGAGCGGAGACCUGAAACACAGGCUUGGCUCGGAGGAGAUGGAUCGGUACCUGCUCCUCGUGAUCUGGGGGGAAGGAAGAGUCCCGUCGGCAGCGGGUGGGGAGGCGGAGCGUAGGCUGGGGGCGUCAUCCGUUGAGGGUACCGAGAAGCAGCCGGACAUAACAGCAGCAAAUGUUUAUCACCUCCUGAAAAGAAGCAUUAGUGACUCAAUUAAUCUAGAAGAUAGUACUUUCCCUGCUUGUUCGGUUGGCGGUAUACCUGGUUCCAAGAAGUGGUUCUUUGCAGUGCAGGCAAUAUAUGGAUUUUAUCAGUUUUGUAGUUCUGACUGGGAAGAGAUACAUUUUGGUGCAGAAAAAGAUGAAAUUGAAGAUGUUCUUCAAACAAAUAUCGAAGAAUGUUUGAGUGCUGUUGAGUGUUUUGAGGAAGAAGAUAGUAAUAGCAGGGAAUCAUUAUCCUUGGCUGAUCUGUAUGAAGAAUCUGCGGAAAAUUUGCAUCAGUUAUCAGAUAAACUUCCUGCUCCUGGUAGAGCAAUGAUAGAUAUAAUACUGUUGCCGUCUGACAAAGAUCCUCCUAAAUUAAAAGACUGUUUACAUACUGUAGGAGCAUUAAAACAUUUAAAGGAAUGGUAUUCAGCAAAAAUCACUAUAGCAGGAAAUCAUUGUGAAAUAAAUUGUCAGAAAAUUGCUGAAUACCUUUCUGCUAAUGUUGUAUCUUUAGAAGAUCUCAGAAACGCUAUUGACUCAAAGGAAUUAUGGAGGGGAAAGAUUCAGAUAUGGGAAAGAAAGUUUGGAUUUGAAAUUAGUUUUCCUGAAUUUUGCUUAAAGGGAGUCACACCUAAUAAUUUUAGUACAUCUAAUUUAAAUACUUGCUUUCUUGCCAAAAAGAUAAUAUCAUCAAAGGAUAAGAAUAUUUUGCCAAAGGUUUUCCAUUAUUAUAGCCCUGCUUUAGAAUUUGUGCAGAUGAUAAAAUUAUCAGAUCUACCCUCCUGCUAUAUGUCGGACAUUGAAUUUGAGUUGAGCUUGACAAAAAAUAAUACCAAACAGAAUUCCAUGUUGCUGUUGGAGCAGAUUUCUUCUCUGUGUGGCAAGGUUGGUGCUCUUUUUGUAUUGCCAUGUACUGUUAGUAACAUACUUAUUCCACCUCCCAACCAACUCAGUUCAAGAAAAUGGAAGGAAUAUAUAGCUAAAAAACCUAAGACAAUCAGUGUUCCAGAUGUUGAAGUGAAAGGAGAGUGUUCUAGCUAUUAUCUCUUGUUACGAGGUAAUGGCGAUAGAAAAUGUAAAGCCACCCUGAUUCACUCAGCCAACCAGAUCAAUGGCUCAUUUGCACUCAAUUUAAUUCAUGGAAAGAUGAAAUCAAGGACAGAAGAAGUCAAAUUGAGCUUUCCUUUUGACUUCUUGUCACUUCCACGUUUUUCUGGGGAGCAACUUAUACAGAGAGAGAAACAGUUAGCUAAUGUUCAAGCUUUGGCUUUAAAAGAAUGUCUGAAAAGGAAAAAGUUGGCAAAGCAGCCUGAAGUAGUUUCUGUUGAUGAACUCAAAGGUUUAUUACUACUUGCAAGGGAACGCUUUUUAGAUCAUUUUGAUGCUAUUACUACUAAACCGGUUGUAAUAAAGACAGACAAAAUUAAAACCUCGAAUGUGUUAAAUGACACCAGUCCAGUAGAAGCUAUUUCUUCAAGUCUACUGGAAACCAAUCCUCUGGAAUGGCCAGAAAGGCAUGUCCUUCAAAAUUUGGAAACUUUUGAAAAAGCCAAACAAAAAAUGAGAACUAGUUCAUUACCUCCUUCAUCUGAACAGUUGCUGGGCCAUAAAGACGGUCCACGGGAUUCCAUCACAUUAUUGGAUGCUAAAGAAUUGCUGAAAUUCUUUACCUCAGAUGGAUUACCAGUUGGAGAUCUUCAACCUUUACAGAUUCAAAAGGGGGAAAAGACUUUUGUUCUGACACCAGAACUUAGUCCUCGGAAACUUCGGGUUUUACCUUUUGAAAAAGCCUCAGUAUGUCAUUAUCAUGGAAUUGAAUAUUGCUUAGAUGACCGAAAAGCACUGGAAAGAGAUGGAGGAUUUUCUGAACUUCAGUCUCGUCUUAUUCGUUAUGAAACUCAAACUACCUGUACCAGAGAAAGUUUUCCAGUACCGACUGUGUUGAGCCCUCUUCCAUCGCCUGCAGUUUUAUCAGAGCCUGGAAGUGUCCCUGACGGAGAAGCUUUACAAAGUGAACUCCAGACCAAAGCAUCCCGGCUGAAAAGGAGAUCAAAAGAUCUGACUUGCCUUUAUCCCAAAAAAAGACUUGUGAAAUCGGAAAGUUCAGAUUCUCUUCUUUCUCAGACAAGUGGCAUUUCUAAUCAUCACCAUCAUGCAGUGACAUCCAGAAAGACACGGGCAGAGAGAUCAUUAUCUAUGACCUGUCCAUCUGUUCCAGUUCUUGGCUGUGAAACUUCAAAAAUCACCACAAAGGCCAGUUCAGGUCAAAAAAGUACGCAUGAAUCAAAAACGUUAAGACAAACUAAGGAAUCAAGAUCACAGAAACACACACGGAUAUUGAAAGAAGUAGUUACUGAAACCCUGAAGAAACACAGCAUUACUGAGGCUCAUGAAUGUUUCACUGCCUGCAGCCAGCGUCUCUUUGAGAUCUCGAAGUUCUAUCUAAAGGUACAGUGUCUUCUCUACUAAUGGCAAAGUUAAGGUCACAUUCUAAUGUUCC